AUGAGCGCGCUAUGGCGAUACGGCUCGCUUAGGCUGUGCCCAGCUGCCUGGACUCAGUGCCUAGGAAGGCCCCCGGCGCUUCUCCGCCGCCUCAGCAUGCAGCGCUAUGGCAUUGAAGAAAGAGGGCGGCCCAACACCACAGAGUACCGGCUCUACUUCAAGAAUGCUGAUGGUAAAUUCAUUUCACCAUUUCAUGAUAUCCCACUAUAUGCAGGAACUGAAGAGAACAAUGAUGUGCCAGCAAAGAAAUUAAAAUCUAACUGGGAUAAGGCUGUAUUCAACAUGGUAGUUGAAGUUCCACGAUGGACAAAUGCUAAAAUGGAGAUUGCAACCAAAGAGUCCCUGAAUCCAAUUAAGCAAGAUAUAAAAAAAGGAAAACUUCGAUACGUGUCAAAUAUCUUCCCUCACAAAGGAUACAUAUGGAACUACGGGGCUCUUCCGCAGACUUGGGAGGAUCCUAGUCACAAAGACAAGGAUACAGACUGCUGUGGAGAUAAUGAUCCUAUAGAUGUCUGUGAAAUUGGCUCCAAGGUUUGCUCCAGGGGAGAUGUAAUUCAAGUGAAAGUAUUGGGUGCUCUGGGACUCAUAGAUGAAGGCGAGAUGGACUGGAAAAUAAUCGCAAUCAAUAUUGAUGAUCCUGAAGCCGAUAAGUUCAAUGGUAUUGAAGAUGUAAAAAAGCACAAGCCUGGUUAUCUUGAGGCUACGGUUGGUUGGCUGAAAUCUUAUAAAGUCCCUGAUGGCAAACCAGAAAAUCAGUUUGGCUUUAAUGAAGCGUUUAAAGACCAAGAAUUUGCAAUCGAGGUUAUCAAAGUUACUCAUGAUCUUUGGAAAGACAUGGUCCAUAAAAAAUCAGAAUGUGGUGAGAUUCAAUGUAAAAACGUCCUGAUUAGAGAGAGCCCUUUCUGCUGCAAUGAAAAAGAAGCUACAACAAUAGUGGAUUCUGCUCCAUCUCCAGGAGAAUUGGUUCCAGUCUCUUCAGAAGUUGAUGUCUGGCAUUUCCUCAGAAAGUAA